CUUUCCGCUACAACACUCACGGCCUCAAUCCUCUCUGACAUUCGAUGACUGGUGUUCCAGACGAGGCGUCUCAUUCGGAAGAGAGCUUGCACAGCGAGCCGACGUCGACCGCAGCCACCACCCACUCAUCAGAACAUCCUAGAAACGAGACAUCAGCUGCCGCGAACGUAACGACCCCUCCCUCUCACCCCCCCGAAGAUGAGUUCGCCGAGCCACAGUUGGCUGCGCUGCACGCGAUCUUCCCAGAUUUCGACGCCGCGCUAUUGCAAUCGGUGUUGGAGUCCGUCGGUGGGAACCAGGAUCGUGCGGUGGACGCCUUGCUGGGCAUGAGUGACCCGGACUACGUCCCAUCCGCGCAGGAGCAAGCUGCACCGAGGUCUCAGACAGAGCUGGACGAGGAAUUCGCUCGUCAGUUGAUGCUCGAGGAGCAGCAGCAGCAGCAGCAACAGACUAGACCCCGGUGGCAGCCAUCCCCGAAUGCCCAAUCCCGAUCCCAAUCCCAAUCCCAGCCGUUCGCCAACGCGCCCUAUGACUCCCGGACGGGGGUUCCUCAAACUGGCCCGCAGAAGGACACUAUGGCUGAAGUGCAAGAGCAGUUCAAUAAGUUCGCGGAAACUGGGAAACGCACGUUCUCGUCUAUCGUGUCGAAGGUCAAGGCGAAGGUGCAAGAGUUCGACCAACAGCGCAGCGGACAAGGUGCCGCUGGUACCCAGCCGUCGUGGGGGUCUUCGUCGACUCCCCAACCUGAGUAUGACCGUCACUCUCAACAAGGUUAUCAUGCCCCUGCUCGUGAAGAGCCUCGGCCUGUCAGAGCUACAUAUCCUGCUACACAAGGGUAUGACCUGACCACGCCUUCCAGCAUUUCCCCGAGUAGUCAAGUGGUUUCCUCCACUAUCUCAAAUGAACCUUCACGCAAUGCCACGAGCCCCGCAACCUCAAGUUCUACGGCUACUCCCCCGCCUCCAAAUCCCGGCCCGCCUACGGUCAACAUAGAUCCAAGCAAAGUUGGCUUGCUGCCUAAAAGGCCUGUCCCUUUGAUUCGUCCAUCCGACCAGUCUGCCGCCCAAAGCCACAUCCUCGACGACGACAAAUCGGAAGAUCUCGAGUACAUGGAAAAUCCAUUCGAGGAUCACGAACGGAAGUAGCUUGCUUCAGGGUGCGUGAAGAGGAGGUAAAUGGAAGGUAUUUAUCUGGUCUAAAUAUUCCCAGAGUUUGGUAGAUUUGGAAGUUGUAUGUGUGUAUGAGUUCGGACCGGUAUACCUUGAGGUGUAUGAAACGAUCUUAGGCUGUAGGUUUUGAUGCACGGGCGAACAGAUAUUUAUGUUUGUUGGGCUGGG